GAGGGGGUGUUCAGGGGCCUUUUUUUCAGCCUGUGAGACUGGUUGAUGCUGUUCUCUGUUCUUUGGGAAUGUGUUGAAUGACACCAACUCUCAGUCUCCAAACUGGACUGUGCUGCUGCUUCUCUGUGUGGGGUUUAAACCAGGACGACUGAGCACUGGAUCUUUUUUUUUUUUUUGGAUGGGACACUCAACAUCUGCAAGGAGCUUCCCUAGACUUCCCAGUCAUCAACUCAAAAAUGAGGAUCUUCCUUCUACUUUGUCUGCUGGCGCUGGGAAAUGCCAAACCCUACCAGCCAAUCAAGACUUUGGACUUCAUGAGAAACUAUGACAUCAUGAUGGCUGACUCCAAGGGAGACAGCGAUGACAACAGUGAUGAGGAUGACGAUUUCGAUGACGACGAUGAGAACUGUCCUAAGGGCUGCCAUUGUUCACCAAGGCUGGUUCAGUGCUCCGACCAAGGUCUGAUCUCCGUGCCUGACAAGAUUCCAGAAGACACUGUCAUCCUGGACCUCCAAAAUAACGACAUAACUGAGAUCAAGGAGAAUGACUUUAAGGGGUUGCACAAACUUUAUGGCCUUUUCCUGAUCAACAACAAGAUAUCAAAGAUUCACCCCAAGGCCUUCAAAAACAUGGAUCACCUAAGACUGCUGUACUUGUCCUACAACCUUCUCACUGGAAUCCCCACAAAUCUGCCUCCUAAUGUUGUUGAGCUUAGAUUCCAUGAAAACAAGAUUGACAGAAUUCAGAAGGACGCGUUCAAGGGCCUGAGGAAACUUCAUGUCUUGGAACUGGGUGCAAACCCUCUGCCUAACAGCGGCCUUGAGCUGGGGGCAUUUAACGGCUUGUCAACGCUCUACAUCGGCAUGUCGGAGACCAAACUAACAGCUGUGCCCAAAGACUUCCCAUCUUCAAUCACGGACCUGAACUUGGACUACAACAAGAUCGCAAAGGUGGAAGUUGAGGACUUCAUCAGAUAUAAAAAUCUGCAGAGGCUGGGUCUUGGCUUCAACCAGAUUAAGUUUGUAGAAAAUGGCAGCUUUAUCAGCACACCCAAUAUUCGAGAGGUUCACCUCGACAACAACCGUCUGAAGAAGGUCCCACCGGGUCUCAGCUCACUGCGCUAUCUACAGGUGAUUUUCCUCCAUGGAAACAAAAUCAGCAGUGUUGGUGUCAACGACUUUUGCCCCUCCAAGCCUGGUGUCAAGAAAAACCUGUACAGUGGGAUCAGUCUAUUUGCUAACCCUGUUAAGUACUGGGAGAUACAACCAGCUACAUUCCGUUGUGUGAGUGGACGCCGGGGCGUGCAACUUGGCAACUUCAGAAAGAGAUAGACUGACAAAUAUUUAUCGUCUUUGUCUUACCUACAACGCAGUGCAGGAGAUAAAUAGAACAAAAAUGUCAUUGUCAGGGUAAACAAGAGUGUUCAUAAAAUUACAAGGUUUAUGAAAAACUGUUAUAUUUGGUCCUUUCUUUAGGAAGUACGGUAUGAUGGUUGUCUGGAUUUGUACAUCAGAAGUUAAGGCGCAGUUAGGGGAAAACACUGUGGACCGAUUUUCAAGCUACCAUGUGCCUCCCCCUGGUCAUGUAGGGUACAUCACCAAACGAUCAGCCUGCAUGACAGGAAAUAGUCGACCAAAUUGAACAGCUUUUCCCCCCAAAAACCUUCCUCAGCAAUAUAUAUAUGUUUUUGUAAAGUAAAACAAAACAAACAAAAACCAUUGUAUAGUUUUAAAUACAAGAAUUCCUCUGCAGGGCUGAGGAUCGCAAGUGUCUCACAAUUUGAAUUUUCUUUUAUGCCAUAAAAAAUUUGACAGGCGUUAUGGAGAUCAAGCACAGUGAUUAUACUCAAAAAUACACCUUUUCUCUUAACCUUGCUUUGGAAUGGUGCUAUAUUUAUUUGCUUUGA